AUGGCUCAAGGUGGUGCUAUUCUUACAAAUAUUCAAUUUGUCGAUGAUUAUGAAAAUAUUGGUUCAGAUAGUUUUGAAGCUAGUCAAGAACCUUCCUUAUUAGAUGUUUUGCCAUUUACUCACCUUAAAGGAAUAUCUUUAUUAAGUGUCUUUUCAUUAACAAUGAAUAUUAUGAUUGGUACUGGUGUUUUUGGUAUGCCUCUUGCAUAUUUUGAAGCUGGCCUUGCUCUUUCUCUUGUGUUAUUAUUUAUUUUUUAUUUAUUAACUUCAUGUACUGCAUUAUAUGUUUUAGAGGCAAUUUCAAGAGUAGGAACAUAUAUUAAAAGAAAUGAUUUGUUAAAUGGAUAUAAACAUAGUAAAGUAGAUAUGUAUGAAGCAUAUGGAUAUACUUCUCUUGCUUCUCAUACAGCUGGAAAAUGGUUUAAAACUGUAAUUAAUGUCUUAAUGAUUAUCAAUUGCUAUGGAAUUUUGUGGUCUUUUGUUGGGACAAGUGUAAGUUCAAUAGGAACUAUUUGGUGGUCAUUUCAAAAUGAACCUGAACAUUGCCCAGUUAAAGGACACUUUUCACUAGGAUGGGAGUGUCAAGCAACAUAUUAUGGAUCAAUUUUGUUUUAUGCUUUACUUGUUGUUCCAUUAUCCUUUUUAAAACUAUCAUCUCAAACCUUUGUUCAAUUUUUAAUGAUGUUGUACUGUGUCAUUGUUUUUGCUUUGAUGUUAAUUACAUGUUUUGUUCAACUUGGAUUUGAGGGUCCAAUUAGUGAAAUUAAAGUUUUUGAUUUUUCAGGAUUUGGAACAGUAUUUUCUCAUACUGCUUUUGCUUUAAAAAAAAAAAAUAAAACUCAUAUUCCAAUCAUCACUUCAUUAUUUAUUGCUUCAUUAUUUUAUGGAUUAAUUGGUGCAGUUUGUUCUGUUACAUUUGGAGAAACUGUUCAAACACCAGUAACCUUAAAUUGGGGAAGUUAUACAGGAAUACACUCUGGUUGGACAGAAGGAAAAACUCAAUGGUAUGCAUAUAUUAUUCGAUAUUUAAUAGUUUUCUUUCCAUUAGUAAAUCUUACAAGUUCAUUUCCUAUUGUAGCACAAACAGUUACAGGUAAUAUUUGUUCAAUGUUUUCAGAAGAAGUAAUGGCAAGUAAAAAGAAAUACUUAAUUCGAUAUACUGCACUUUUCAUAUCUAUUAUUAUUCCUUUCGUUUUAGGAUCAAUUUCUUCUUCAUUAGAAACAAUCUUUGAUUUAACUGGUUUAAUUUCUUUUAUUUUAGUAUUUAUUGCUCCAUGCAUUUUCCAUUUAUUAUCAAUCAGGCUAUUUCAAAAAUGUUCUUUAUUCUCAUAUCAUCCAAAUACUCCAUUUUCUAGUUUGUUUAUCUUUUAUCAUUGUAUGAAUAUAUUUUAA